UUGCCCGUUUGAGUAACAACACACCCUUAUACUUGGAUUCUAAUGUCUCCAGCUUUCGUAACUUCGCGCGAACAUCUGCCGGCAGUUCAUUGGAGGGUCGAGGCAUGGAGUCCGCCCUCUCCCCCCCUUUCUGCCCCCCAUCUGUAGUCCCAGCGGCUGUGGUCACAUUGCUUUCCCCCAUCGCAGUUCUCUCGCCCAUUAUAGAAGGUGUUCUACUCCUCGAAGCCUCCUCCGAUUCGUCCUCUAUAACGAAAGCGUUCUCGAAUUCUGUGGGAUCAGGACUUCUCGGAUUCGCGCCAUCCUCCUCCCUCGGUCUCUGUCUCCGCGGCGGCCUGGACGAGUUCUCGUUUUGAUCGGAUCGCGAGAUAGAUCUUGUAGAAUUGGACCGUGAUACCGGUGACACGCUGUUUCUUUGACGGGCUUGUUCUUCAGCAAUUCGGGAGUCUAUUGCGCCCUUGAGUCGCU